UAGCAUAUAUAUGUACAUCAUAUAUAGUGUGAUUUAAUUGGGUACUUCUGAGUUUUGAUCGCCUCAAUAUUGAUCUCUUUCAGGUGUGAGAGCAGAAAAGAACUUCCAGACUGAGCAGGAUGCUUUCAAAGGGCACCGGCUCUGCCGUUGGUCUCCUUAGCUUGUAUCUUGUGGUGUGUGUGAGCCUACAGUCUAACUCAUCGUUUGCUUUUGAAGAGUAUCCAGAUGAACCUUGCACUAUAAACCUGAUAUUACGACAUUUCCGACUGAUUUUAUCCUGGGAAUUACAAAGCCAGUCCAGCCCACCAACCAACUACACACUCUGGUACACGAUCAUGAGCAAAGCUGAAGACCUGAAGAAGGUCGAGAACUGUACAGAUAUCACGGAGCCAUUAUGUGAUGUGACUGACGAGUGGUUGGAGGGCCGGGAAACCUAUGUCCCCAUCAUUGUAGUGCACAGAGGGGACUCAACGGUGUGCCGCUGCUCAGACUACGUCUGGCCCACAGAUGUUCUUCUAGAGCCACCAGAAUUUAAGAUUAUUGGCUUUAAGGACCACAUAAACGUGAUGAUGGAGUUUCCACCUGCCACUUACAAGCUAUUCGGGGAAAGCUUAUGGAAAAGACUGGAGUCUACAUCCAUCGUCAUCGAGGAACAGACAGAGGACAGCAUUAGGAUAAAACACAAGCCCCAAAUGAAUAAUGUCACUGGGAACUUCACGUAUGUCCUUAGAGACUUACUUCCAAAGACAAACUACUGUGUGUCUGUUUAUUUUGAUGGUACAUCUUUAAAAUCUCCCUUAAAAUGCACCGUCCUUCAGCCUGACCAGGAAUCAGGAUUAUCAGAGUCUGCCAAAGUGGGAAUAUUUAUUGCGUGCUUGAUAGUGAUGGCUUUUGUGAGCACCGUCAUAAUGCUGAAACAGAUUGGCUACAUAUGCUUAAAAGACAAAUUCCCCAAUGCCUUGAACUUCCGUAACUUUUUAACCUGGAUAUUCCCUGAGUGGCCACCUUCAGAAGCCAUCGACUGGCUGGAAGUCAUUCCCAAAAACACGAAGAAGAGACUGUGGAAUUACGACUAUGGGGAUGGCAGUGACAGUGACGAAGAGGUCCCCAAAACAAGUGUCACUGGCUAUACCAUGCAUGGACUGAUGGGCAAGCCUCUACCACAAACCUCUGACGUUUCACCCAACCCUGAGGAACCCCCUCAUGAAGAAGAUUCAGGUGCUGAGGAAUCUGAUGAAGCUAGGGCAGGGGCUGGAGCUGAGCCACAACUCCCCACAGAGGUCAAGGCAGGGCCUAUAGAAGACCCCAGUGGCCCCUAUGAGAGAAGAAAGAGUGUGCUCAAGGACGACUCCUUCCCUGGGGAGGACAACAGCUCCAUGGAUGCGCCUGGGGACAGAGUUAUCUUCAAUGUGAACUUAAACUCUGUGUUUCUAAGAGCUCUCCACGAUGAAGAUGCCUCAGAAACCAUAUCUCUCACAGAAGAUACGGUCCUCCUAGAUGAGGGUCCCCACAGGACAGAGUCAGACCUUCAGAUAGCUGGAGGUGACAGGACACAGCUGCCCGACCCUAGCUUCUCUUCCCAGGGUCUAUGGACUGAAGAUGAGUCAUCUGAAAAAACAGACACCUCAGAUUCCGAUACUGAUGCAGGGGACGGCUACAUCAUGAGAUGACUCCAAAGCAGUUCUUUGGCUGGAGCUGGGCACCUACAGGGUUCUGUUCACAGCCUGACUCCAUACCUUGUGCUCUCCAGGUGUCUGUGAGGGAGGGACUAGAGAAUGUCACAGCCCUCUUGGUUCUUGCUGGAUGCCCUUCUCUAUGCAGAUUACCAAUUCGGGCAUCAGGAUUGUUUACAUGGGUCAUAAGGUCAUGAGUGUGACCUGCCCACCCCCUUUCCCCUAAUGCACUAAGGUGGUUUGUAUUAUGCUUCCAAAGGAACAGUGUUCUGUGGUUUUAAGAGGCAGCCAAGGUCUCCCAUCCCUGUGUUGUUUCUAGGAAAUGAUUAAAUUGGGGAAGAGAAAAGGAAAGAAAAACUGGUCAUGAAGUGUUCAGCAAGAUUCCAGGAUUGAACCUGAAGUGGGGCAGAAGGGGAGGAGGUAGGGCAUCCUGAGCUGGCAAGGUUUGAGCCCCCGAUGUCUGGGCACUUCCCAGAUGUCAAGAUCUGUCUCCUUCACUCAGAAAUUCAUUCACAGCCACCCAUAAAACCCUUACAGUUUAAGUGAGGAGAGGGAGGAGCCUCGUGAAGGAUCCUAGAAUCUGACAAGUGCCUCAGAGAGAGGAAUCUCAUGGCCAUAUUUUAAGGUUUUUCCCGAUUCACCUCUUCGACCUUCAGUUUCUUAAUUUAUGGAUAAAGGGGUUGAGCAGGUAAUCUCCAUCAUCGAGACUCAAGGGGAGGUGGUGAGCCCAGGUUGAUGAAGGGUGUAGGACCCUCCCAUAUUUCUCUUCUUACCCCAAACCCCAAGUGUCUCUCACAUGUUUCUACUCAGAGGAGCUGAUCCUGGCUCCAAAGCUUCCUAUAGAUUACCC